AAUCCGCAUAUAGCUACCCACAGCAUACACACGAUCGACUCCACCAGCCACUGCCAGAGACGUAGUACGUAGCUAGCACAAAGUUCAGACCGCUCCCAGCCCGGCCGCUCAGCAUGUGGACCAAGAAGGUGGCGACGCAGGUGGUUUUGGUCCUGCUCCUCCUCCUCAUCGCACAGGAGGCGGCGGUGCCGGGGGCGGAGGCGAGGAUCUGCCGGCGGCGCAGCGCGGGGUUCAAGGGGCCGUGCGUGUCGAACAAGAACUGCGCGCAGGUCUGCAUGCAAGAGGGAUGGGGCGGCGGCAACUGCGACGGGCCCCUGCGCCGGUGCAAGUGCAUGAGGCGGUGCUGAUCGUAGCUGCAAUGGCAGCUGCUCCUCACCGUACGUCAGCUAGCCAGCCCAUGGAACCAUACGCUUGUGUACCUACUUGAAUCGAAUGUGUGCCUGUGUCCCCCUUCUACGUAUCAUCGUAUGUACUCCACUAGCCAGCUACUGCAUCUCGAUCGAUGCAUCCAUGGGCGGGCUACGAUAUAAUAAUGUAUAAGAAUAAAAACGUACGGUUCAUGUUC